UUCAGUUACAGCUAAGUAUUGCACGUGAUUCAGCGUCUUCGACAUUUUACUGUUGAAAAUUACGUGGAAUACUUUUUUUAUGUCAAUAUUAAACGUGCAAGUUAUUUAAUUUACAGAGCAUUUACUCAUACAGCAUAAAUUAUUAUCAUCAUUUGAGCUGAGUGAACAUUUUGAUUAGUAUAAAUCCUAGACAGCUACUUUCGGUUUCCUAUUAGAUUUUAUAUUUGUAGACUCGUUCUUGGAAAUGGAAAGUUUUGACGCAUGCAAAAAUUCCGUAAAUCCAGCAGUUUUAAAUGAAGAUGUGUACCUUCUAGACUGUGUAUUUUGUGACAGCAGACUCUGCGAAAGAGGAUUAAAAUCCUUUCUGAUAGCUGAUGAAAAGGUGGAACUUUUUUCUACUGACCAAGUUGACCGAGGUCUUGUGGAGUUGACAGAUGACCGGUUUCGUACAGACAGGUGUUUUUGUCAGAUUCAGGACAUAGCAUGUCUUCAGUGUGGCAAUGUGGUAGGGUACCAUGUGUCGAUGCCAUGUCGACCCUGUCUGGAGUCACAGAACAAUGGACACUUCUGGAUGUUCUACAGACACUCCAUCAUUCCUCAUCAACGAGUCAACUCGAAUGGGACAGCUACAAUGAUUUGGGGAGAUUUUAUGCAUGAGAAGGAGGACCAUUUAUGUGAAGCAUGGAGUGAAUGUGAACGAUAGGCACCGCUGACUUUUUAACCGAUAUGUUAUCAAAGAUGUUACGUUUCAUCAACAUUUGACAAAUACAUUGAUUGUAUGGUGCCAUUCUAUUCAGAUUGUAUUACUCCUGCUGACAAGAAUACAUUUUUCCAAGGACAAUCCUAUGAGAUGAAAUACAUGUUUUGUGUAUUCCAUACAUAUCCUGAUUGUAUGGGAACAACAUUUGUUUCUCUAUUUCAGGAGGAAAAUGUUAACAAUAAUUGUGAUAUGUUUGUCCUUUGUGUAAAUAAUAUAUCUCUGUAUGUGUAUUACAUAAACAAAUUGUUAGUAAGUGCAAUAAGUGCUACUCUCCAUGAUUAGACUGAGUUGGUGCUUGUUUAUUUAAUUGACAGGUUUCUAGAUUGAAUACAAUAUUAAAUGGCAUUAUUGCACAAAAAAACAACAUCGCUUGUAGUAAAAUGUGUGUGGCUGUUUAAUGAUUGUGGCUUCCAUGAUCUUAUUUGGGUGAUGGCAAACAUGGGUAGAUGUUAAAAGAAUGAAAAUCAAACCUGUGCAUAACUUGCAAAACAAGCUACUGAAUAUUGCUCAUUUUCAGUUACAUGUUGUCUGUUGAACAGAUUUAUUUCAAUAAAAUACAUACUCUGAAA